AUGCGCCCUAGAAUUUUUGGGGUCACAAUAGGCUUGAAGCGGCUGAGGGCUUGUGGCCGGAAAAACCCGUGUCUUGGAACAUGGCCACUGUCGCACACGAAGCAGGCGCGCCUAUCUUGUCUAAGGGCUGCAGCCGGAGUGUGCCUGCCUGCUGUGAAUGGCCUGAUGCUCGCCGGAAUUUGGUGCAUCUCGGGUGCCCUCGAAUAUCCUUGCCUGAAAUCGUGGUUUCUAGUGCUCGUGGAUCGCCGUCUCGCACGAAUUUCUCGUUGCCGGAAAAUUGGUGGCCUCCUUCUUGCCGAGGAAGAUGACGGGUUUUUGGGAACUUUCUGA